AUGGCUCGCCUUGGUGCUACUGGACAAAUGGCCGAAGAAGUAGACCAUAGUUUGGAAUUUAGCGGUCAAUAUGUCGAUACCAUAGUUAAUAAUUUACAUGCCCUGCUAGAGAAUUACGAGAAGAGAAAUAUUCUGAUAAUUGCCAAUAAAGUUUAUGUCCAACAGGGCUUUGAACUUAAGAAGACCUACAAUAAGCUGUUAGCUAACAAAUUUUUCUCUUCCUCGGAAAACACUGACUUUAGUCCAGUUCUCAUCAAUGCCAAUACACUACACAGUGAAACCCGUCUAAUGCUGCUAAGCGCCAUUUAUUUCAAAUGUGAUUGGCAAAAAUCUUUCAAUCUGAAAUAUACCAAAGAGGAACCAUUCUUUACCAUUGAGACGAAAUCCAAAAAUGUGGCUAUGAUGUUCAAAACUAGUUUUUCCGAAUAUGGUUCCCUCGAUGAGUUGCAAACUACAGCAGCUCGAUUGGUCUAUGCAUUUUAA